CAAUCAAUGGAAAUAACACUACUAACAGCAAUGACAAAAGGGAGGGUUGAUUCACUUUAUGUCAAGAUUGUCCUGGCAAUAUUUGCUGGAUUCUCAUCCAACACGUUWAGCGUUGAGGGACAACCAUGUAUACCCCAAGAUGCCCACGGAGUCCAGCGUAAAGUAUGGACGAACAUAAAAGAUGCAUCAUUUGUUUCCCUUAAGAACGACCCUCGUUAUCCCGAAACUCCAACCACGACAGACUUCAUCACAACUCUUGAGGCACCACGCCGAUUUGAAUCAUUUUACGCRCAGACUUUGAGUGCCUACUUCAUCGCACCCGAGACAGGAAAUCACGUUUUCUAUAUGGCCUGCGAUGACUAUUGUCAACUGCAAGUCAGCGGCAAUCACGAUCCUAGAAAUGUACAAUUGGUGAUCGACGUCAAGUACUACACAGACUACAGAGUUUGGGAAAGUGACGCAAACAAACCAUCUCGACCGAUCCCUAUGGUGGCAGGUAAGCUGUACUAUGUUCAUGCUAUCAUGGUUCAAGAGGGAGGAAGCGAACAUUUAUCGAUUGGUGUUCGAUUACCAAGUGGUUUAAACAAUCGACCAAUGACAAGUAAUCAUCUACUAAAGUACCCCCUCAAAGAUAUCAAUAACAUGACGUCACUAGGGGCUUGGGGAGAAUGGACACCGUGCAGUAAGUCUUGUGGAGAAGGAAUGCAAACAAGGAGUCGGUUUUGUUURCAGUCGUCUUUUAUACAUUCAGUUGAGAAGGAAAAAUUCAUCGAGAACAAAACAAGAAUAUGCCAUUUUGAGAUUCCAUGUGCAACGCCACCACAGAAGAUACUUGCACAAACGAAUAACCACUCAUCAGUCAGGAUAACAUGGCUGCCGUUUAACUUCAAACCGUCUGUUCUCUUGGGAUACAGACUGACUUACCAAUCAGUAACAUCAGUAAGAACACGAAGACARGCGACAUAUAGUCACAUGAUUCGUGGAUCGAACGAAGGUGGUGACGUCAUUAUUCCUCCUAGAUACCAGUCCCUUUUACUUAGUGGCCUCCAGGCAUCCACGAAGUACUGUAUCCAAAUGGUUACMAUAACCAAAUUCUGGAAAAGCCCGCCUAGUGAAUGCGUGACUGUUACAACCGAUGAAUACAUUCCCAGUCUGCCUCCAGCAAUUGUGACGGCUAUGAACCGAACAGGCUUUGACAAAGCCUUGGUCACGUGGUCAAAAGUUCCUAAGAGGGGUCAAAAUGGACGUAUCCGAGGGUACUUAAUUAGUAUUCGUGCUUUGUCCAGUGGUAAUAUAGAACUCCAUGAAAGUAAAAAUUGGACGAUAUCCUUAAACUCUUCGUACAUGUCAACAAUGCUAACAGGUCUUGAAUCUUAUACUCUGUAUGAAAUACAAGUGGCAGCUUUCACGUCCAAGGGGACUGGUCCCUACUCURAGCCUGUGUAUAUUGAAACAUGCCUCUGUCCACCAAAACUUCAAACCAAUUGGUGGACACUUUUCCCUUUGCAAGAAACUAACUCACUUACUUCACAAGCUGAAGGAAUAUUUCCGAGAUUAAUCCGAAGCUUUAUUGAUUCCAAAUGCGGCUGGUGUCGCAAUAACACACGAACAAUUGUUGAUUUUUAUGAAGUACAAUCUAGUGGAAAUGGUACAACGAAAUUCGCACUCAAGAUGAAUCUAAGUGAAGUAAUCAACAGCAUAAGUUCUUCAGAUAUCAGCUUUCCUCUGAGUGUUACACACAAGAACACUUUGUAUGGAGACGAUGUUAAAUUUGUUGAGGUUUUCAAACUGUCUAGUGGUGUUGUGUACAUGAACAGGAGACUAACAGCUGAGGUUUAUGCGUCGAUGGUGGGUUCUUCAGUGUUUCAGUGCUGGCCCCUUCUGUUCCUCAUAGUUGUAAUGUCCAUGUUAUCUGGUAUUAUAUUGUGUAUAUUGGAAAGUAUUUCGUAUCCCGUUCGCACAUGCUACAGGUCUUCGUUCUUGAAGGGUGUGUACGAGUACAUUUGGUGUGCUUUUAUUUCCAUGACAACAGUAGGGUAUGGUGAUCGUUAUUCGAGGUCUAUUCAAGGACGGAUCUUCUCGAUCAUUUGGUUCUUAGUGGGGUCUAUAAUGACUUGUAUCUUUGUUGCGUCGCUGGCCUCCUCUCUCUACGUCAAUGUUGUCAACAUUACAAAGAAUCCUGAGCGAAAAGGAAAGAUUGGUGUGGUGAAGGGGACAACAGAACAUAAAAUCGCCAUGCGGAUAAAUGGAACCAAAGGAAUUCAUUGUGUCGAAUACUUAGACUUUGACAACAUGGUGAAUGAACUUAACGAUGGCAUACUAGAUGGUGUUCUKUUAGAUGCAAUAAGGUCGAGCAGUCUUAACGACACCACCAUUCCGCCAUCGCUGUUUCAAGUAGCAAAGACAUUUAAUCUCGAGGUGACUUAUGGGAUAGGCUUGUCACGUGAUGCUAUCAAACUGGAUCGGUUAUUUAAGGAGUACAUUACUGAACACCCAGUCAAGCUUGAUAUGAGCAAGAAACAUCAGAGAAAGUCAAAUAAUUCAGCAGAUUUUUCUAAAGCAGCAACAACUCAUUCAUCAAAAAAGAAAAACAAGAAAAAAUUCAUCAAUUUUUUUGAUCCMAGCAAUUCAUUGUACAUGAAGACUGUGUACUUUACAUCGGGUUUCUUAAUCGGCGCAGUCGCCUGUGGAUUGUUCUUUUAUUAUUUCACAUCAAGACAACAAUAUCAAAAGCAWUCAAACCAAGAUCUAACCAAGUAUAAAAUUUCACGUCAGUUGAUUGCUGAGCAACGUGAAAUACUGAGAACUUUUUAUGGGCGUUGUGUAUUGGUGACCGAUCAUCUACGCCACAAACACAAACAACAACAACUCAUUUUCAUCGAAACGCUACAUAAACAAAAUCAACAAAAAAACUGCAUGGUAUCCUGGUUACACCACUUYAAGGAGAAAGAAUAUAUUMCAGGAAAUACAGCUCCAAAACCAGUUAUAAAACACCAUAGAGAAUUUCCUGGAAGCAACCUUAAUACAGACACAAUGCUAUAAAACAUCGCAAACCUCAAUCAGUACAGACACAAUUUGAGAAUUAAAGUGAAAACAAAAGCUGAGCAGAGUGAUGAAAAACGAACAACAUCAGUAACUGUGCGAAGACACGUGAAUAAAGCUGACCAUUAUCCAAUAAAAUCAUAGCAUUUCUCGUUCAUAGUUCAUUUUUGGUUGAUGCCAGUUUGUGUAUCGUAUCUUCAAACCAAUGGAGAUAAUUUAAGGACCUCCACAUCGAUAAACAAAAGGGACUUAUAUUAAGUCUGUAUUAUGUUAAUUAGGAAUGGACCGUCUUGAGUCACGGAAAGGAAAAACAAAGCGAACAUGUAAGUGCAUACCAGAAUGAAUUCAAUUCCUAUAUGAACACUACUGAAUGUGUAGCAGGAGAAUGGAAUGCUAUGAUAUAUUAUUAUUUAUUCA